CCGCGGUUACGUCACAGGGUUUCGUGCGUCGACUUGGCUCUGAGCGCUCAGAGCUGUUAGGUUUACGCGGCAGUGCUGAUUUAAACCCAGUGUGGAGCGCGCUAAUGUUGGGCACGCGGAGUACGGACUCGUGGAAAAAAGGGAAAGGCAACUCGGGGUAGUAGUGAUGGGAGCAAAGGAUCAUCUGUUGACUGAGACUAUAUAAUCUACUUAUAGAGCCAUGGGAGGCUGAAGUAGUAACAAGCAUAAGCAGCUGUUUGAGCCCUGGUUGUUUGCAAUAGAAGAUGAGGAAAGAAAUUGCAGCUGUGAUUUUCUUCCUUGCAAGGCUUAUAAGAAAAAAUGACAGAUUAAAAAAUGAAGAGCUGGAAAUGUUUACUGAAAAUCUCUCAAAGUUUCUUCAAGAGAAGUACAAAGGGCAUUGGUAUCCUGAAAACCCUAGUAAAGGACAAGCAUACAGGUGCAUCAGAGUGAACAAGACUCAGGGAGUCGACCCAGUGCUACAGAGGGCAUGUGAGGACAGUAAGAUUUUAUACAGUGAUCUUGGAUUGCCAAAGGAGCUGACUUUAUGGAUUGAUCCAUGUGAAGUGUGUUGUAGGUAUGGAGAAAAGAACCAUGCCUUUACUCUUGCGACUUUCUCAAGUGGUGAGGACAAUGAAGACAGCCAAGUGAAUAGCCCAAAGAGUGCUUCAAGUGUAAAUAAAAUUACAUCUGAUUACCACUCAUGUUCUUCAUCUGAUGAAGAGAACUCUAAUAAUGACUCCAAGCUCCUAUCUCAAUGCACCUAUCUCAGUCCUCAGUAUUACCAGAUACCCACUGUCUCAUAUCGACCCAUACAAAUAGGCCAGCAGUAUCCCCAGAAGAAGUCCCCUGUGUACAAGAAUUUCAGUGUUCCUCUGUUUGAUUAUACUUCCCAGCCACACGGUAGGAAUAUGAAGCUUGUUCAGCAGAUGCAAUGGAUCCCAGCAGCAGGAAUGGGGCAGUGGAUGUGCGCUCAGAGUAUAUGCCACACAUAAGUGAAGGUUGCCAGAUUAGCUGCUUGUAGACAUGAAGUUGAAGUGAAAUUUUCCUGGACCAAUUAUUUCAUUAAACAUUUUUAUAAUUUUUACAGGUGAUUUUAUUCUAAACUCCUUGCACUUUAAACUGUAAAUUGUUAUGUAUAUUAAAUAGCUAUUAGAAGUAUACUAUAGUAAAAAA